GCCCCGCGCCGACUCCCGGGCGCGCGGCUCGCUCGCUCGCUCGCUCGCUCAGUCAGUCGCGCUCGGCUCCUGCCACCGCUCCGCCGGCGCAGCCCCGGGGAGCCCGAGAGCGGGCGAGCCAGCGAACCGGCGGCGAGGGAGGGAGGGAGGGAGGGAGCCCGGGAGGGAGGGAGCGAGGGCGCGCCCCGGCUCUCCCUCUGCCCCGCCGCCCGCCCUUCCUGCUGCCACAGCUUGUCUUUCCCAGACACCCUGGAGUCCCCUCAGGCCGGCCCGGCGGGCGCGCACCUGCCGGCCGCCCCUGACCGCGCGGGCCAGGCGGCCCCCGAGGCGGAGAAGAUGGCCCAGCCCAAGACCGACUGCCGCUCACCUGUCGGCCUCGACUGCUGCAACUGCUGCCUGGACCUGGCCCACCGGAGCGGGCUCCAGCGCGACAGCAGCGGGGACAACAACAACCCGGGCAGCCCCACCGUGAGCAACUUUCGGCAGCUGCAGGAGAAGCUGAUCUUCGAGAACCUCAACACCGACAAGCUCAACAGCAUAAUGCGGCAGGAUUCGCUAGAGCCCGUGCUGCGGGACCCCUGCUACCUGAUCAACGAGGGCAUCUGCAACCGCAACAUCGACCAGACCAUGCUCUCCAUCCUGCUCUUCUUCCACAGUGCCUCUGGAGCCAGCGUGGUGGCCAUAGACAACAAGAUCGAGCAGGCCAUGGAUCUGGUGAAGAACCAUCUGAUGUAUGCUGUGAGAGAGGAGGUGGAGAUCCUGAAGGAGCAGAUCCGGGAGCUGGUGGAGAAGAACUCCCAGCUGGAGCGUGAGAACACUCUCUUGAAGACCCUGGCGAGCCCAGAGCAGCUGGAGAAGUUCCAGUCCCGGCUGAGCCCCGAGGAGCCAGCUCCCGAAACCCCAGAAGCGCCCGAGGCCCCUGGUGGUUCUGCGGUGUAAGUGGCUCUGUCCUCAGGGUGGGCAGAGCCACGAAAUUUGUUCUACCUAGUUCUUUCCGGUUUGUUUUUGGCUCCCCAAGCGUCAUCUCACGUGGAGAACUUUUACACCUAGCAUAGCUGGUGCCAAGAGAUGUCCCAAGGACAUGGCCACCUGGGUCCACUCCAGUGACAGACCCCUGACAAAGAGCAGGUCUCUGGAGGCUGAGUUGCAUGGGGCCUCCUCACCCCAAGCCAGUGAGCCUCUAACGCCACUGCGCCCGGGGGAGGGGGGGUGCUCCCAGGGCCUGGGCAACUUAGCCGCAGCUGGCAAAGGGGAAAGGUAGUUUGAGACGGGCCGCCAGUUUGCUCCAGAAAGUAUAAGGGGUCUGUUUAUCCAUUUCCAUGGACAUCUUCAACAGCUUCACCUGACAACGACUGUUCCGAUGAAGCAGCCACUUGUGUUUUAAGCAGAGGCAACCUCUCUCUCCUCCCCUGCCUCGCCAAGGCAGGACCACGGUUGGGAGAGUUUGAGCCAAGUCAGCCUUCUGUUGGUUAACAUGGUGUAAUGCAUGGCUUUGGGCACAGCCCAGUGUGGGAUUACGGCUUUGGGAUGACCGCUUACAAAGUUCUGUUUGGUUAGUGUUGGCAUCGUUUUUCUAUAUAGCCAUACAUGCGUAUACAUACCCAUAGGGCUAGAUCUGUAUCUUAGUGUAGCGACGUAUACAUAAGACACCUACACCCACGUGUUGAAGGGCCUAACCAGCUUUGGGAGUACUGACUGGUCCCUUAUCUCAUAAGGCUAAUUCUUCUGACUGUGUUCAUUCACCACGUUGAUCCAGUUUGUCCUUUAGGUUAAGUAAAACUAAAAGAGUAAAGGCAGGGAGGGGGGCCAGCCUCCGAAUGCCUUGCUGCUGCACCCCUUGCCCCGUCUGUCCCCUGAAGGCGUGUGAGGUCCUCUUUUGAACGCCAAACCCACCAUUCACUGGUGCUGACUACAUAGAAUGGGGUUGAGAGAAGAUCAGCUGGGACUUCACAUCAUCAUUCGAAAACUUUUUUUUUUUUUUUUUAUGUUUGUGGAAAACUUUCAAGUGAGCAGAACAACUAGCUUGCAGGUGUCCUCUUGCGGAUAAGGGGUGGACAAGGGAAUGGCUUUGACCCGACAGUGCCUGGGUAAUGUGCUCAGGGAGCUUGUCUCUAGGGAGUUCUGUGGCCGUGAACACUUUCCACUUUCCGACACCUUAUCCUGAUGUUAUGUCUCCAGGAUUUGGAUUUUGAUUUUUCAAAUGUAGCUUGAAAUUUCAAUAAACUUUGCUCUUUUUUU